CACGGUGCGCGUCUGCGCUUGUGCAGUUCCCUCACGCAGUUCCGAGGUCACCCAGCCUACCAGACGAUGCUACUGCCCGCCGCUCUGCCACCGCAAUGCGACACCAAUGUUCACUAACAUAUUCAACGGCAUACGAGCCGCUGCCGAAAGCUCUUUCGGACUCACCAACUCAGACACAGACGAUGUCGUCCCCCAGUCGCCCUCGGGUCCUGGCUUGCCUCCCAGUCCUUUCCUCGAGGAGUCACCGCCCGCCACGAAGGCCUCGCGCGUCCUCAUAGACCUCUCUUCGCCCAGAAAAUCUCCAAGCCGAACUCCACGCAAACAGGCGCAUUCGGAAAUGACCCGCCCAAGGCAGCACGUUACAAAGAGGAGCGAGGAUGAGAAGCGGUUAAUUGGGGAUUAUUCUAGACCUGCAGAUGCUGUUAGCAUGCCCGACCCAUCGACUUGGAUGCCGAAGAAGCGCGCUACGACUACAAAACCGGGUUCAAAUAGUGGCUUCAAGCCCGUAGACACGAUGCAUGCAGGACCCAACGCGUCAGGCCGAAAGCCUCUUACGUACGGCAAGCGCGAUCGGCUACAGCCGUCACUGAUCGGCCAGACGCAUGGCGCGGGACAGGUUGCCUACCUUCAGCAUAGAGAAAACAGAGCACCUGCAGCAACGGCUCGUCGUCCUUCUUCCUCAGAAAAUCAGGACCGACGGUCGGAUGGAGCCACGCCUGCAAAGCGUAGGAGGAUCGAUGAUAUCAUAUCACUUGUUGACGACGACGACGAAGUGGUGGAAAUAUCUCGAAACGAUCAUGAUACGUCUGCUGGCACGUCACGGGAAAGGCCGCGCUCUGCCUGGUCUCUACAUUCACAGAUGAGCAACGGGAGCGAGACCACAAUGGGCGAUUACAGGCCACCUCAAGCUACAAGCGAAUUCCGAGAAGCGGACAGUCUCCUUAGACCCUCCCAAAAGAAGCCAAGGAACUCGAGUUUCAACACAACCAAAGGUGGCAUGCGACGCUCUCCUCUCACCGGUGGUUCUCUGUCGACCAGCCCCGGCGCACACACUCCUCGGCAGACUAUAUUGCAGACUUUCCAACAAGGUGAAUCGAAGCAAAGUCCUAUGAAACACGACCAAGCCGAUAAAAAAGGCGACAUAGUCACGUCUCACUUCUUUCCCGAUGCCCGCAUCAAUGAGUCAACAUCAGAUUGCACAGAGAACCAACGUGUAAAAGCUGAAGACGAGGAUCUUCGCACCCGACACAAACCAGUGCCAAAGCAAGCGGAAUCUAUGGUUGAUAGCUACAGCGCAGAUGAGCUUGCCAUCACGCCUCCGCAACAAGGCACCAAAUCUGUUUCGAAGCAAAAGCAAAAGCAGACUGCAAACAGUGGGGUAAAGCGGAAUGCCCGCGGAAGGAUUGUAGAGGAAGUUUGGCCACUAUCGUUUGCACGAUCAUAUGACUUUGAGGGCCAUGGAUCGACAACCAAAGACGGUCAUGCUACGCUGCUAUUGAGAUGGAAGAAAGACGAGGGUUUACGUGUCCAGACUUGGGAUCCAGUGGAUGGUCUUUAUGAUUGCAAGUUCGUCAUCAAACCUAAAGACAUCAACAAAGUAUAUGCGGACGACACAAGUCGCAUUCGAUUGUUGGGGCCUCGUGCGACCGACGGCAACAUCCUGAACUUGGACCUGGAGUUUGCUGAUACUGCCGAUUUCUUCGUGUUCCGCAAUGACCACGCAGUGUUGAUGACGCCAGGCGGGAAGUGUAUCAAGAAGCCGGAUGAUUACAUGAUCCAGCUUUUCAACACACCUCUCCCACCGAGAAACGAAAAAGUGGGUACGUCUGCACUGGUGAACGAUUCAACAGCGGGUUUGGAACAGCCUCACCGCGAAAAAGGCCAUGGAGCAUCGAAAACACCUCUAUUGGAUCAGCUCAAGGUCGCUGCACACCAUCCCAGUACUGAUGCUAAACUCGACGCGACCACCAAGAGUAAAUCACUGACCCGCCCCCUACGUUCAAAAAGAUUGGCUCCGAUUAACUACGUCGAAGACACGCCUACACAGUCGGAUGUACCCAAAUUCUCGGUCGAGACUGGACUUGGGCAACCCUGGACUAGAUCUCUCGAGUUCGGCGAAGGUCGUCAACGCGCGAUAGUGCACUUUGAUGAUCUGCCCCGCCUAGAUGAGGAAGAAUUUUUGAACGACAGCCUGAUCGACUUCUACAUGAUCUACCUCUUUAAGCAGCUCAAAGUGCCUGCUGAUAAAGUGUACUUCUUCAACACCUACUUCUUCACGAAGCUUACCGAGAACUCUGGUCGGAAAUCUAUGGACUACAAGGCUGUGCAACGGUGGACGUCUAAGAUUGACAUCUUCAGCUACGACUACAUCGUUGUCCCUAUCAAUGAACAGGCUCAUUGGUACCUGGCGAUCAUCUGCAAUAUGUCGAAGGUUCAACGCAAACCGAUGGUCCAAGACUUCGAUGAGUCUCAGGCAAGUCCACACGAUCAAGCAAGCGAUUCAGCCGUGACAGGCACAAGCCCCGAGAAGCAUGCGACUACGGUACAGAAAUUAACCUCCCCAGAGCCAAGUGCCAUCAGUGAAGAAGCAAUAGCGGCCCGAACGAUUGAUGAAGAGCCGAUGCUUUUUGAUGAGGCGGCACUCUCUCUUGUCGACCGCGACGAUACUGGGACCGAACCCGCACAUCAAUCAGAGAAUACCCAAGCAGAUCCAACAUGCCGAAAUCAAGAUACAGAAACUUUAGCUGUGGCUGAAACUAGAAACACACACCCAGGAAUAUUGUCUCACUCCCAGUUCACCGUGUCUUCUGCAAGGAAAAAGGCAAAACGCAAGCCUAUAGCUAAAAGGGAUCCCGAUCAGCCUGUCAUUAUAGUGCUCGAUUCUCUUGGUGGUAAUGCCCGUACUGGAGCGGUUCGCGCUCUCAAAGACUGGAUAGCAGCGGAGGGUGCAAACAGGCGUGGUAUGGAGGCUGUCAUCAAAGAGAACGGCUAUUACCCCAAGAGUACACAGGUUCCAAUGCAGAACAACUUCACCGACUGCGGUGUUUACCUACUUGGCUACAUCGAGAAGUUCUUCCAAAAUCCCGAUGAUUUCAAGAACAAGCUGCUGACUGGAUCCAUGUCGGCUCAAGAAGACUGGCCGGAGCUGAAUCCAUCAGAAAUGAGGCACAAAAUGCGUCAGAUCAUAUUUGAUUGCUAUAAGAAGCAGGAAGAUGACAGGAGAGCACAGAGAAAGGCGAAAAAAGGCUCUGCGAGCUCAAAGACAUCACCAACUCCGGCAACGUAUAAACCUGCGGAUCUGGGCAGACACAAAUCUGAUGAGUUACCCAGUGAAGGAUCGAAGCUCGCACUCUCGCCGAACAACACAGGCGCGCAGCCUACAUCGCCACGAACUCAUUCACCUUCUCAUCCUCCACUCAGACUUGCAUCGCCGUUCAAUUUUGAUACGAAAUGUGCUUCUGCUGUCGAGCAAGCACCUCAAACAGCUGUCAGCAAGGUGUCUGACUCGCCACCUGUGCUCACAUUUCCUGCGAAGCAGGCCGUUGGUACUCCACGGUCAAAAGCGAUACCGAGACGCCACAGUCCCGAAGUCCGCAUCUCUAGCAGAACGCCCCAAUCACAUGAGUCUAUGCACAAGGGACAGAUCACUUCGAACAGAACGCCACGCCAAUCCAAAGAAAACGAUCAAACUAGUCAGAUACCCGGUACAUCGAGCCCCAAGAAGCGCCGAAGAGACGUUAACGAUAAUGAUGGGAUAAAAUCGCCAACAGCGAAGCGCCAGUUCAUUAGGUUGCCCCAACGACAUCAAGACAGCGAUAUGGAAAGUGAGCAAAUAGCUUCGCACAGCCGAGAGGGCAGUGUCCCCGAAGCACCUAUUGAGAUCAAAGACUCACAGGAAGCCAAAGUCAUCAACGUCGAUAAUCGCCAGCAGGUGCAGGCAACUUCAGCUGCUCAGCGCAAACCCGCAUCACGUCAUGCACGUCCCAGGGAAGGGCUCCGUCCUUCACCUACGUUUGAAGAGGAUACGCGUUUGUCGUACAGCACAAUGACUAAACAUGGUCAACACGAAGGUAGUCCUGUGGAUAGUGCGCUCCGGACAAAGCUGGACGAAGACGACUAUGCUAGGGACAACGCCCGGCGUUCAGAAGCACCUGCUCCUAGCAACACGAAUGUGGCGCUGGAGCGUAGAGAGGAGGGAUCUGAUCCAAUGGAAGGGAUCUCGCAGUCCACUCACGAUCUGCAACUUGAUGGAGUCAACGACGGAUCUGUGGUUCAAGAAACACCAGAACCUGAGAAGAGGACUACAACCGUACGAACUGGAUGGUCCAGGGACAAUCAUACCCUUCUUUAAUUGCUCAACAUGAAGCUUGUCUUAUGUUGUUCUGCGUGCGCCAGCUCAACAUUUUACUCAACACAUCUAUACCUAUCUUGGUUUCACAAAGGCGUCAUUUAUCAGGGACUAGUGACGGGGUCUGCAAUGCUCAGCU